GUCCAAGAGAUCUCUCAACUACUGUCUUAAGAGGUUGUCUCUACUGUUACCAUUCACUCAGUUUAGGGAUAGAGAGAGAAUGAUCGGCGGAGGAGGGAGGAAGAACGCUGGCGGUCGACCUGUGUCGCCAUUUGUGUUGGUCCUUAUUUCCUUGGGGUUCUUCUUCGCCACAUACAAUCUAGUCACGCUCCUCAUCCACCAACGAGCAACAGCCUCCAGCACCGUCCAAGGCGGAGACUCGUCAUCCGGGCGGCGGCCGCACGGCGGCAAUCCGAAAUUUCACAUCGCCCUCACGGCCACCGAUGCUCCCUACAGCAAGUGGCAGUGCCGUAUCAUGUACUAUUGGUACAAGAAGACAAAGGACAUGCCCAGAUCAGAUAUGGGCGAAUUCACCCGCGUGUUGCAUUCGGGUCGACCGGAUAAUCUCAUGGAAGAAAUCCCUACUUUUGUUGUUGAUCCGCUCCCUGAGGGAAUCGAUCGGGGUUACAUUGUCCUUAACCGACCAUGGGCUUUUGUUCAAUGGCUGGAGAAAGCAGAGAUUGAGGAAGAAUACAUUCUAAUGGCAGAACCUGAUCACAUAUUUGCAAACCCUUUGCCAAAUUUAGCUUUUGGAGGGCAGCCAGCUGCAUUCCCCUUCUUUUAUAUCAAACCUACAGAGAAUGAGAAAAUUAUAAGAAAAUAUUAUCCAGAGGAGAAAGGCCCUGUAACUAAUGUUGAUCCUAUUGGCAAUUCUCCAGUUAUAAUCAAGAAGUCUGUUCUGGAAAUAAUUGCGCCAACGUGGAUGAAUGUUUCUCUGAGGAUGAAAGAUGAUACUGAAACUGACAAGGCAUUUGGAUGGGUUCUAGAAAUGUAUGGCUAUGCUGUGGCAUCUGCUUUGCAUGGUGUUAGGCAUACUCUUCAUAAAGACUUCAUGCUCCAGCCUCCUUGGGACCUUGAAGUUGGCAACAGAUUCAUCAUUCACUACACAUAUGGUUGUGAUUACAACAUGAAGGGAGAACUGACAUAUGGAAAGAUUGGAGAAUGGAGAUUUGACAAAAGAUCUUAUCUUCGAGGCCCUCCGCCAAGGAACCUCCCGUUGCCUCCUCAUGGGGUUCCUGAAAGUGUGGUGAGACUAGUGAAGAUGGUGAACGAAGCGACAAAUAAUAUCCCCGGAUGGAACAAAGACUGAAGAUACCCACUAACUAACUGGGAGAGAGCCAUUUAGCUCAUUGUGUGCACAGCAUAACUCGUUUGGGACUUUGGGUCAAGAAGUCCCGGACAUGCAGUGAGUUUGUCGCAAGGUUUCAUGGAUAAAUCUAACAGAGAAAUACAGAAACUAUCGCGAGCCAUAAAAAGUAGUGCAAUUUUUUCUUUCUUUCUUUUUUGUUGUUGUUGCUAUUCCAUGGUAACUGAUGCAAUGCCUAAAAUCAUAGGCAGUAUUCUUUUGUAGAAAUGUGUUCUUUGCUGUUAGAGUGAUAUUAUAUUGUAGUAAGUUGAUAGCAGUUUUGAUGCCAUUAUUAGGGGCUGUUUGUUUCAGCCUCUUAAUGGUUCAGAUGUCUGAAUGAUUCAGCACUUAAUGGUUCAGACUGUUUGUUUCAGCCUCUUAAUGGUUCAGAUGUCUAAAUGGUU